AUGCCAGAAUACUACUGCAUUACUCGGUCGUCCCUGUCGCCCGCACCACGCAGCGGCUCGGCCAUGGGCCGUCCGGCGCCGCCGAUCGGCCCUCCUCCCCCUCGUCGCGCUGCACCGCCUCCACGGGCGAUCCGCUGUGACGAGUCGGCUAGCGACGAUCGGGACCUGAGAAUUCCUCCUCAGUACAAGACGGCCUGUGCUGUGGGAUUGGCCCUACAGGCGCUGCUGGACAUGCUGGCGCUCCUGGUCGUGUGCUACACCGGAGGCGCUUUCUUCACGAUUCCGGUGGCUGGCUUCUGUAUGGCCCUCGAUGGAGCCCUUCUGGUUUGGACGAUUAAAGCUAGUCCUCUCCCGAUCGAUGUGCUCAUGAAAAAUGCACUCUCUGGCGUCGCGUGGUUCAUGCUUUGCGUCAUCAACGGCGUCAUCAUCAGCGAUACAAAAAACCCGUAUUCCUUCAUCACCUGCACCUUUAUUAUGAUAUACAACCUCUGCUUCUGGCUGUGGACACUCUGGUGGGGCCUGAACGACCGCGGACCGCGCACCAUGUUCCCACGGAAGAGUGAGAAGCGCUGCUCCGCCUGCCGUGCGGGCGGCCCCGUCGACAAGCAUUCCGGCCCAUGUUGCCAUUCGAAGGACUGCGAGAGCGGCUUCCCCAUGCGGCCGAUCGCCCUCCCUCCGCGUGCGCAGCUGUCGGUGCUGCAUAGCACCAGCACGAACAACCUCCACGAUGGCCCACUCGAUAGGAGUCCCGCGGAUGAGCCGAGCAAGGGCUACGAAGAUGAUGCCCUCAAUAAGCCAAUCGCCAGCUACGACGGGCUUGCCAACCACCCCCCCGGCCAUGACGGCUACGUUUCGAGGCCGGACGGUUACACCCCUAGACCCGAUAGCUACGUGUCCAGGCUUAGUAUGGGUACGAGCUUUGCGAGUACGGGAGAGACCGAGCGCGUCUUGCAUCCUGCUUAAGUGGUCAUGGAGAGAGGGCUGCCGGCUGUGAGGGGGAAAGCUUGAUUGAACCGGUGGUUGCGGUCCUAGUCGAUGAAUAAUGUGUGCGGAGAGCCCGGUACGGUAUCCUUAC